GUGGGCCCGGCCAGAGCAGGGAAGAGGCGCGGUUGCGAGUCAGUUGUGGGAGCCGGGAAACCUCCGGCGAGGAGCGCGGCGGCCGGGCUGUAGUCGGAGCUCAGAAGGGAGUGACUGGGGACCCCGGUGGGCUGCUUUCCUUCUGGUGCUUUUGAUUUUUCUUGCCUUUUGGUCCCGGCCGAGUGUCGCCCAGAGAGCAGAGAGAUCCCCUAGCGAAACCCGGAGCGACCCUCCCGUCAAUUGUUGGGCGCGGGAUCGCUGGGAGCGCGGACCCAGCGCGCCGGGCGCGAAGGCGAGGGGAGCGGAGCCGGCCGCGGGCGGGGGCCGGGCGCUUGCCUGCCUCCCUCGCUCGCCCCAGCGGGUCUGCUCGCGCAGGGCGCGGGGCGUGCGCGAUGAAGGCGGUGAGCCCGGUGCGCCCCUCCGGCCGCAAGGCGCCGUCGGGCUGCGGCGGCGGGGAGCUGGCGCUGCGUUGCCUGGCGGAGCACGGCCACAGCCUGGGCGGCUCGGCGGCCGCGGCGGCCGCGGCGGCGGCAGCGCGCUGCAAGGCUGCCGAGGCGGCGGCCGAUGAGCCGGCACUCUGCCUGCAGUGCGAUAUGAACGACUGCUACAGCCGCCUGCGGAGGCUGGUGCCCACCAUCCCGCCCAACAAGAAAGUCAGCAAAGUGGAGAUCCUGCAGCACGUUAUCGACUACAUCCUGGACCUGCAGCUGGCGCUGGAGACGCACCCGGCUCUGCUGAGGCAGCCGCCCCCGCCGGCGCCACCGCACCACCCGGCGGGGACCUGUCCGGCCGCGCCACCGCGGACCCCGCUCACCGCGCUCAACACCGACCCGGCCGGCGCGGUCAACAAGCAGGGCGACAGCAUUCUGUGUCGUUGAGCCGCGCUGUCCAGGUGUGCGGCCGCCUGAGCCCGAGCCAGGAGACUAGAGAGGGAGGGGGAAGAGCAGAAGUUAGAGAAAGGCACCGGAGGAAAGGAGAAAAAACGUCAGCAAAUCUUAGAAACGUUUUCAUCCGUCAUUCCAAGAGAGGGAGAGGAAAGAAAAAUAAAACUUUCAUCCUUUUUUUUUUGCACGUUCAUAAACAUUCUACAUCCGUAUUCUCUUUUGUCUUGAUUUAUAACCGCUGUGAAUUGUACAUUUCUGUGUUUUUUGGAGGUGCAGUUAAACUUUUAAGCUUAAGUGUAACAGGACUGAUAAAUAGAAGGUCAAGACUAAAUCCGACUUUAGAAGCCUACUUGUGACCAAGGAGCUCAAUUUUUGUUUUGAAGCUUUACUAAUAUACCAGAGCAUUGUAGAUACAUUUUUUUUUUUACAUCUAUUGUUUAAAAUAGAUGAUUACAACGGGGCAGGGAACUUUCUUUUCCCUGCAAGAAUGUUACAUAUUGUAUAGAUAACUGAGUGACAUUUCAUACCAUGUAUAUAUAGAGAUGUUCUAUAAGUGUGAGAAAGUAUAUGCUUUAAUAGACUACUGUAAUUAUAAGAUAUUUUUAAUUAAAUAUUUUUUGUAAAUAUUAUGUGUGUGUUUUUUUUAAUCUAUGGGAAUAUUUCUUUUGGAAAAUUAUUUUUCAGCUCAGUUGCAGAGCUCUUGAUAUCUUGAAUGUCUGUUCUGUUUGGUCUGGCUUUUAAUUUGUUUUUGUUUUGCACAGUAUCGUGUAGAAUCGGAGGUAACAGUUAUAGCUGGUGGUCCUGCAUGACUGCAUGAAAUGUUUAAUCACAAAAUCAACUUGUCCUGAGUCCAUUCAAAUGUCUUUUCUUUAACCUAGAUUGAAAUCUUUGUAUUUGAAGUAUAUAUGUUGGAAAUAUACUUUAUCAGUUUUUAAGUACAGGGUUUGAUAGUGUAAUAUAUAAAGAGUAAGUGUUUAUUGUUUGUUUUUAAAUUGAGGUCAAAAUGGAUUCUGAAUAAUUUUGCAUACGGGAUGGGGAAAUGCUUGGAUCCUUAAGGAGUUUAUGAAAUCUACUGUUUUGUCAAAGUGAAAAAAAAAUGCUUAUCAUUCUUCAUUUUACAGUAAAGCUUAAUGUCAUUAAAGUUUCAUGUUUGUACAGGUUCUUUAAAUCAUAGAAAUGAAAAAUGUUCUCUGCUUGUUACCAAAGGACAACCUCUUGGAAAUGAACACUUUCUGCUUUCCUUCCUCCAAAGAAUAUUAAUAGGCAACAAUGAGAGAAAAAAAUAAAAAGGAAUAAUGGCAAAUCCUUCAAGCAGGGAUAAAAGUCGAUCUUCAAACAUUAACUUAAGUAGACCAAAAAUUCUGAUGACCGCAUCUAGAUUAUUUUUUUAUAAAAAUGAUUUUCACUAUAGCUAUGUUAGUUACUGGUAAACAACUGUCCAAUCUCUUGUGGUGUGUAACUUUUACAUGUGAAUAUUAAAGUAGAUUUAUCUGUCUUGUACUGUGAUUUCUCGUCUCAUUUCUUCAAACCCUUAUGCUUAUUUUUUUAAGACUUUCUUUUCUCUCUAAGGAAGGUAGUAUUUUCUAGGUUAGAUAGGACUAGCAGGGCUUGUGCACAUUAUGCAUUUAAUGUGAUCAGUACAUUACACAUCAGUUAGAUGGAAUUUUUAGAGUGAGAAUUAAGUAGGAUUUAAUUGGGUGCUUUGUAAAUAGUCAACUGUGUGUAUAACGUGGUCUGUUUGAGUUUUAAAAGGAAAGGAUUUGUUUUAGAUUAUACAAGAAUAAAAGUAUUAUAGACCCAAGGGACUUUUUAUGAGGUCAAAGUCAAAUAUGUAUAUGAAUAUGAAAUAUGGUCCCUAGUAGUCAGUUGAAGUGAUAAUGUCUUAACAAAAAUGAACAAAGUUAAUGCUAAUAGGUUCAAAUACAUCGAAAGAUUUUAAAAAUCCGUCCUAUCCCCAGCAUGUUAUCCCUUCACCUUUGAUAUUUCACUGGUCUUAGGUAUUUUUAGAAUUCGAUGUAUUUGAUGUUGAGCCUUAUAAAGUCAAAGGACAGCUUGUUUAGAUGAGGUUUAUUUUUAUUUUUGGUAUUAUUCACUCUUGUCACACAUCAAGAGGAAAACACAAGAACACUGCUGGAAUUCCAAAUCUGAAGAAUUCUAACGAUUGCAUUCUUUGUUAUUAAAAAAGGGGACAAUUCCUCCUUUUUAUUUGGCAGUUUAGUUUUAGUGGGAAGCAAGUCACAUGUGUGCUGUUGGUUGGAGUUAGGCAUCUGUCAGCCUGACUGCUGAACCUACCUAGGCUCCGUUUAAACUUAAUGCUGGGAAGAUUUCGAACCUGAAAGUAAAUGGAUAAAUAUUUUUGGUUUUUGAAGAUAGAUGUUGCUCUUUAGUUAAUUUUACAUUUAGGGUAGGAAAGGCCACGAGAAUGGAAAGAUAGUGUUAAUAGAUACUACAUUUUAGAGAGCUGGCAUUUUCACCUUUGGCUCUUCUGCAGCAUUGGAUGUCUCAAGAAACGAAGUCAUUGUUUAUUUUUUAAAAAUUAUAUGCACUUGUAUAAGUUAUUACUUUCUAUUAAAAUGUUGGCUGUGUCCUAACCAAGCAACCAGAUAACAAAAACAGUUUGAUUCAUUUAUCUAGCAAGUUAUAAUUAUUCAGAUAUUUGGUUGAACAGAGGAAAAUAUCCUGACUUCUCUCAUUUAAUAUGUCUACUUUUAAUUGUAUAGGCACAACCAAAGAUAAGAAUCAUUUAAAACCUUCAAAGGAAAAAAAAAAAACAUAUCCCACAGUGGGAUGUUUCAACUGUGGUUAUAAAAUCCCGAACAUCUCAGACAUCUCAUGUUAAAGGAAGAAAAAAAAAACAAACCCUUUUCAUUUCAAAGAACUAAUAUACUUUGAUAUUGUAUAACUAUUACUCAAGGUUAUUGUCAAGCUUUAACUGAAUUUUUAGAACUUAAAAAAUUUUUGACCCCCAAAAUCUAUUGUAUUAAAUGCCUUCUAAAAUAAUAAAUCUUCGCUGAGCAAA